AUGGCACAGACUAAAGAAAUUGUUGACCAGGAGAUCACAGCAUCUCAAGCUCAACAGCAGACAGGCUACAAUCGUCACCACGCAACAAAAAGUCAUGGUUUCAAAGAAAAGCAGUGGGUCUUACUGCAUCACCAGGCAGUAAAAAGAGGACUGUCUCCCAAAUUAAGUGCAAAAUUUCGAGGUCCAUAUGAAAUCGUGAAGGUGAUUGACCAUGCACUGAAUGUUAUCAUACAGCUAGUGGGGAAAGGAAGGAGAUGUCAAAAACGAGUGCAUGUGAACCGUCUAAAAUCCUAUUAUAGACAAGGAUUUUAUCAAGGAGAGGUAGCCAAGAAUAGACAUUCUGAAGAUCAAGAUCUGACGUUAGAAGAGCCUGUGCAGCCGUUCAACGACAGGAAUGUGAAAACUCAGAACAAGAUCACAAGAUCCACACCUAAGAAGGACAGAAGAGUAUCGAUGGAAGAAGAACAAGUGUAUGCUGAAGAAGUUUACCAAAUUCCUGUACAACCAUCAGUACAGCCACUUCAACAGCUUGCAGAAGGACGCCCAAGGAGACAAGUAAUAUUACCCAGACGAUUGGCGGACUUUGAUUUGACUUGACAGUCCUUGGUGAUUGAUAUUGUUUGUGUUCAUGUUCUUGAAGUACUGUAGUCAAGGAAGUAAGGGGGGAUGAAUGUAAUAGUUGGGCGUGUUAGUAACGUAAGAAUGUUGGGAGGAGCUAGAGUAUUGUAGACACGUUGCGCGAUUAUGUAAACGUUAGUCCGAGACAAUAGACUCGUGGUGUGUGUGUUACGGCCAU